AUGGCUUCAAGACCAAGUACGCGUAUAGUACGCGGAGUAACAUCCAAAAAGAAGGCCGACAUAGAGCAGGCUGCUGCUCUUCAGCGAUCAGGCCAAAAUGCUUACAAAGUUGGGGAUCUUCAAGGCGCCAUUGAGUCCUUCACCCAGGCAUUAGGGGCAAACAAUGAGGACACUGGAAUCCUGGAUAAUCGCGCGGCCACGUAUUGCAAGCUGAAACAGUACAGCCAGGCCCGCGCUGAUGCGAGAGCUAUGGUCAAGCUUGCACCUAAUGAUGACCGUGGAUAUAUGCGCUUGGCCAAAGUCCUAUGCUUGGAUGGGAACUUUGACAAGGCCCGAGACAUCUACGAAUAUGCCCUCCAAAAACUUCCAGCUGAUCACCAAGGCCGUGAGGUUCUCGAGCAGCUACUCAAGAAACUACAGGAUAAGCUAGCAGGAGGAAACCGACGCGACCCAUUUACGAUCCUACCACUAGAGAUCGCAGAACUCACGCUUCGGCAUUUCUCCUUCAAGCAGAUCGUGGCAAUCCUGCGCGUCUGCAAAGGAUGGAACCAAUUUUUAGGCCGUCUGGCUAGCCUCUGGAUGCAUGUCGACCUCACCGGAGCUAGAUCCCGUGUACCUUGGACAUCUGUCCGAAAUUACAUCCAUCGAUCGCGGGCGCAACUGACCAAUGCCACCAUUACAAAUCUCGUGUCCUCUAACACGCCUAAGGUACUCGACAUGCUGAGCAGAUGUCCCCAACUAGAGCACCUAGAAUUCAUGGUUCUCCAUGACCAUCCUAAAGAAUUCUACCGGAAGAUCAAAGAUUUUCGACGUUUGAAGAGUCUCGUCUGUGGAGCAGACAUCAACCUUUCGCAUGCCUGCUUUUCUACGUGUGUGGGACAACCCUACCUUCCCCCAUCCACGUCGACAUGGCCUGAACAUCUCCCAAAUAUGAAGAGUCUAACUAUUGCAUCUUCACAAGAACCUCCUGCCUUCUGGGAUGUACUUCCAGGGUUGGGGUCGUCUGUAUAUCCCAAUCUAGAGGAGCUGAGGCUGGUUUGGGAUCCUGCGCUACCACAAUCAUACUCAUUUGAUCCGGUGCGACAGGAGGGACAUCUUCCCCCGCUCCGCAUACUAGAUCUUCGGGGCGCGGCUGUCCGACAUAAUUUCUAUUCAAUCCUUCCAACCAGCCUUGAGACCCUACGGUUGUUCUCGGGGUCCAUCCGGAUUGGUGGAAAUAUGACGCCGGGAGAGAACGAACUCCCAAACCUGAAGACAUUGAUAUUCAAUGAUACCCCAUGGGUCAACCGCGCCACACUUUCCCUAUUCCUACUCCAUUCCAAGGCUCCCCUCCGAACCCUUCAUGUGAACCUUUGCUACAACAUCAACAGCGAGGACUUUAUUAACAUUCUUAACGAUCCCGACGGAGCGAAUCCAGAAUUGAAAAAAUUAACUGACGUCGGGGUUGCUUGUAUGCUUGGCAUGGACGAUUGGAGCGUCAGAAAUCUGUCGGCAGUAUUGCCAAACCUGAAAAUCCUUGACUUGUCGCAGACGAGAAUUACCGGCUGUACCAUUCGCAUGUUUGCAGAUGCCCGAAAUGAUGAAUCAGCCGUGGAAAAGCUCGACGGCUUAAUCAUAAAAGGAUGUGACGGUGUGUCUCGUGAUGCUGUUGACUAUGGGCGGCAAAUGGGACUCAAGAUUGUCACCUAG